UUGAAGUAAUUUUCUAUUUUCAAAUUUUUGUUUUGGUCUAGUUUUUGGGGAGCAUAGAGGUUGGUUAUUGAUAGUGUUCUACGAUUGUCAGAUGAGAAAAUUUAACUAAAAAAAAAUUUAUAUAAUCGGAAUAAAGUUUAGAUUUCAUCCUUUAACCAUCAUGCAGUUUCUUAUGAGACUUAAGAAAGAAAUGGAAAGAUUUCAUACUCAUUCACUUCAUGGUAUUUCAUGCUGGCAAACUGAAAACGUGCAGCAGUUGCAAGCAAGUAUUGUUGGACCAGAUGGUACUCCAUAUGAAGACGGCGUAUUUCAAAUCGAUAUUCAGAUUCCUGAUAGAUAUCCAUUUGUACCGCCUAAUGUUAGAUUUGCCACUCCUGUAUAUCACCCAAAUAUUGAUGAUUCUGGUAGAAUUUGUUUGGACACCUUAAAGCUACCACCUCAAGGCUCUUGGAAACCAUGCUUAAAUUUGUCCAGUGUGUUGAUUGGAAUACAAUUGCUUAUGUCAGAACCAAAUUUCGAUGAUCCUCUCAUGAGUGAAAUAGCUCAAGAAUACCAGUCAAAUCGAGAAAGUUUUUUAAAGCAUGCUAAAGAAUGGACUGAUAAAUUUGCCAAAAAACAAAGUGCAGAGAAAUCUAGUACAGAUAAUGUCAAAAGCUUGAAUGGAGCUUCUAGUUCAAAGAAACAUACAUUAGACAUCACUGAAUCACCAGAACCGAAACGAUUUUGUCUCUAAUAACGUAAUAGACUCCAAAAUGUUGUGUAAAAUUUUUAUGCAAAGAAAUUUGCAUAUAAUGUGAUUAUAUGCAAAGCUUUCCAGCAAGAAUUUUUCUGAAAGCACUUAUUUUCAUGUUUAUGUAUAUAAUGGUGUGAAUAGUUUAUUAUUUUAGUGUGCUUUGGAAUGUCAAGAUUGGACAAAAAUGUAUAUUUUUUUAAUAUGUGACUUAGAAAGGACUGUACAGAGAUAUCUGAGGGAUUGUGUGAGUUUUUCAAAAUAUUAAUUUGUGAAAUAGUGUGAAUUGCAGAUUUUAAAGGUUGAAUAAAAGUAUUUGUGUGUU